AUGGAUUGCGAAUGGGGCGAGAGAACUCUUGGAGACCGCCUGGAUAGCUGGACCUUUUUCCGAGGCCCAGAAGGGCUGGAGACAGCGCCUCCAGGAUGGGACAGUCUGUCGCACAUUUUCGCAGACCCUCUCUGCCCAGCUGGCUUGACGGCCUCGCAACUCAAAUCACCUCUCGAACACAGAGCGGCGCCUUCUCCGCGUCUCGCCAGGUGUGUCUCUCCGUCUCCUUUUGCCCAAGAGUGUGCAGGCCUCGGCCUCGUGUGGGGAGAAGACGGGCUAGAUGGGUCUCGACGGGGCCCGGUAACCUCGCCCGACCACAUGCAAGCUCCGUUUCCGUCCCCACUGUCUGCUUUCCCUUCGCCCGCGCAGGGUCGCGGGUUCGCGCGCUGUUCCCGCAUGCCGUCCCCUCUCUUUUCGGGGGCGCACCCCGUGCCUUCUUCGUCACGGCUUCGCUCCGCUUCUCCUCUCUUCUCUUCGGGUUCCGCUUCGCACAGAGCUGGCGGGGAAGAUCGGCGCGUCGUGCAGUGGCUAGAGAGCCAGGUCAACGAUCCCCAGAGUGUGCACUGCUUGCGGGGCGGUGUGCGGCGCGUGGCACGGACGGUCUCGCUGCUGUGCGUCGCAGCGGCAGGGGGCCAAGACCGAGAUGAAGCGAAACGCCAGAGAGGCGCAGAAGGGAACGUAGAUGGAGACGCGGCAGAACCGCCCCAGCGAGAGGCAAGAGAGAGAGACGACGCGCAGGAGAGACGCAUCCGCGAAUCUCGUCGGGAACGGAGCGGGGACGGGCGCGACCCUGCGGUGGGCGGAGACAGAGGGAGAAGUCCUGGGACAGAUCCCAGGUCGAACGGGCAGAGAGGAGACCGGGACGCAGGAGACAGUGAACGUUACUGGCAGAGAAGGGGGGGACUGGAAGGAGAGGGCGACCGCAGUGCAACCUGCCACGUUUCCGCGUCCGCACUCGUUUCAGCGGUUCAAAACAGCCGAGAGAACCUCAAUAGCUUGACAGGUGUGUUGACCACCCUGCGGCUGUCGUCGAAAGAUGAUGAAAGCGAUUUCGAUCUGCCGCUCUUCGUCCAGUCCCAGACUGCACGCGAGAAACACCACCAGAAGUCUCUAGAGCUCGGGAGAAUGCUGGUCGGGAGUCCCGAGUCGGGCUUUCCGCCCGGCCUGCAAAUCCCCGGAGUGUAUCGCGGGUUGAAGGCGUGUGCGUCGCAGAAUCCACAAAACGCGGAGGCUUCAAAGGAACAGGCAGAGCGUCUCGAGGCGCCUAACCCCACGCACCGAUAUUUACCUGAGGGGGCCGGCAGAGACGAGGAGUCGGUCGUGGAGACCGAAAUUACGGAGCAAUUGCUGUUCAACGCCAACGCCGCAGUCGAGGGGACGACGCUUUACAACAAUCUCUUGUGCGAGUCUGGUCCUCCAGGAACCUGGUCGGCAAAUUCGUCUGUGCUUGUCCCCGCAGGCUUGUCGCGGCAUGGAAAACGGGGCACACAGCCCCUUCCCCCUUCACCUCUGUCGUCUCCAGCUUCGACUUCGCCGUCCGCUGCGCGUUCGACGGGUGGCGUUGUGCAAGCGGAGGGAAAGGGGAGUGAAGCCGAGGCUGGAGGAAACGAAGAGCCGGCCUUGCGUCCCGAAUCCAGUGACGCACGGAGUGCGAAGAUGGCAGCAGGCGACAGCGGCGAGACGCGGAGAGAAAACGACGCGUGUCCGAGGCGAGUGAUGAGCAGUGCCCCGGCCGACGAAGACGGCUCGUCAGGAGGGGCUGGAGACGCCUCUCACUGGGACGGGGCAGAAGGCAGAGAGGACUCGGCUGCCGACGCCGUCGACUGCCUCCGAGCGGUGAUUGAUCGGAAUAUCACGGCGCUUCCAGGGUUUAUGACCGUCGGCCGAUACGCGUGUGAUUUGUUUCCGAAAAGCUCGCGUGUCCUCUCGGAGACGCGUGCGCACGGCUUGGCAGGCUCCGGCAGACCUCUCUCGCCGUCUCCUCCUUCGUCUCCUUUUUCGGCGCGAGCCGAGGCAGCCCCCGCGGAUGUCCUCGCGGCGCGUCUCGCACGCGCCUUGGAAGGCGAGCGACUGGCAAGCGAUUUUUCGGAUGCAACGGCCGCGUCAGAUUUGGGCGACUUUCUCGAGGGCUCGUGCGCGCCGCAGGCCUUCCAACGGGGGCGACAGGCCGCUGCCUCGGUUCGAGGGGCGCGAAGAAAACGGGUCGUCGACCAGGGACCGUCUCCGCCUCCGUCCUCCCCUGCCGUUCGGGAUCGGUCUCUCGUCAGGUGGUCCCAACGCCUUCCGGUCUUCGCCACGCAUCCUCUGCCGCCCUCGGCCACUCGGUCGCGCGACAAGGACCAGCCGCGCAGGGAGGAAAGCGCGAAAGAUCGCGCGAUGGCGGCUGAGGCGGAGCACGCGUUGGCGGGGCGAGACGUGCCUCCAUCGCAUGGUCUCGAAAACACCGGUCUUCAACGCUCAGCGGAGCAGAGAGACACAGAGACGGGAAGGCCUGGCGGCACCCAACAUGGAAACCUGGCACAGGUGAAAAAGGAGGCGGCGGAAGAGCGACCCGGAGACACGCCGAGUGGGACGGCCGGAGCCGCGCAGGGAGCAGAGGCGACGGAGACAGGUUCCCGCCGCGCAGCCGGGACCGCGAAGGGACGCGCUUGGGAUGAGGGGGCGGCGCCGGCGACGAUGGCGACCGAUGAACGGUUUUCGCCUGAGGCCUCAGACUGCAUGCAGCGCGAUGCCAAGCUGCCACAGUCUCGCGUGCACGUGAGCAGUUCGACAGCCGUCGGCCCGUGUGAGCCUGUGGACAGCGCGAUGAAAGCGGCGCAAACUGACAAGGACGCGGACCACCACGGGGGUUCGGUGUGCGCGGAAAAAGAGAAGCCUUCUCAGUUUUCUGGCGCUUCGUUUCCUCCCGGGCAAGGUGCCCAAGACGAGAUGUGGCGUGUCGCGGGUGGGAUGUACAACGGAUGGAAGGGGACGUACGACGUGUGGAUCUAUCGGAGAGUCCCGCACGCUCGAGAAGGAAAAGAAGACGAAAAACGGAAAGACGGAGAGAAGAAGGCAGGAAAAGGAAAGCCUACUUCCCACGGGGCGUCGCCGAGCGCGAACUCGAGCAGCGACCCGGCGCCUUCACCUGGAGCCUGCGAAGCGCCGACCUCGGCUUCGGCCCCCGGACCUCCCCCUCGUGGAGUGUCCACGAGUCCAUCGAGUGGCAGCAAGAGUGAAGAGUCGGGCGACACGCAGGGAGAGGCGCGGGGCUGCCUUCCCUCGUCUUCGUCGCCCCUGGACGCGAAGAGGGAGUCUGGGUUGCCUGCGGCCGGGGACCGGAUGGGGAAAACUCAGGCGGAAGAGGCUUCGAGCAGCCCCGCGCCUCCUAGCGCAUCUGACGCCUUGGCGUCGAGUCAGCGGAGCGGGGAGACAAGGGAGGCAGGUGCCGCAGGGGACAACGACGAGAAAGGCGAGGCGAGAGCAGGAGAGAAAGAUGAGCCCGCGCCGCUUCCCGCGUAUGAAUGGCGCGUGAAACGGUUCUCCGCGCUGAUCCACGGCCACGAGAAGGCGUCGCGACUUGCAUCCAAGUACUGCGCGUAUCUCGAACGCUUUGGCAGAAUUCGAGGGCGGCUGUCGAUCUGCAACACGUGCGGUCGGGAAGCGUGUCCUGGAUGCACGCCGACGAAGAAGAAAGCUGGAGGCUUGGAUGCGUCGCCUCAGUGCAGAAACGGCCGGGACGGGGCCCACGGCGCCGGCGGGGCCGGCAAGGCUCCGAAGCGCCGUUCUCUGGGCAAGAAGGGCGCUGCUGGGGCGGCUGGGGCGGUCGGCGGGGACAAGGCGAGGAAAGGCACGAGCGAGGACGACACGGAGAGAGACAGACAAGACCGAAGAGAAGAGAAUGGAACUCCGGAGUCGCCCCAUCGGAAACGCCCCGCCGAGCGGCGUGUCGAGAAGCAGGAAAAGGAAGGCAGAGAAGAAGACCGCGGGGAGGGAAAGAACGCCUUUUUGUCUUCAGGAAAGACCAGCUUCGAGAGCUCCCACUCCUUGGCGAGUAACAUGCGAUCGUCUUCGUGCACUUCGUUUGAGACGAAACGUGCUUUGUCGCCCUCGUCGCUCGCCGACGGAGGAAAGAGGGAAGAAGGCGCCAGGGGCCGAUCGUCCCUUGCCUCUGAUGGGCCGUCGAGAGACACCGCCCCUCGGUCGCACUCCUCGAGCGCCUGGGCGUGUGGAAGUUCCAGGAGAGGCGCGAAAAAUCCCGGUGAAUCUCUCCGGCGGACCGCUGUGCCUACGCUGUUGGGAGAUAACGGAGUCGUCCCGCCGUCUCGUGCGGAGACUCAGGCAGAGGCGAGUGCUUUGCAGCAAGUCUUCGAAGUCUACUCUGAGGCAGGUGAAGCGUGGGAAACACUGGCGUCGCCCGUCUGUUUCUCACCGUCUGGCUGUCUCGCGUCGUGGGACGCCGUCGGGUUCCUCUUGGGUGCCAGGCAGACAACGGCUGUGGCCCGACUCGGAUCCGGUAGGAUGAAUGAAGCCGGCAGGAAAGGGUCGUUGGGCGCACUCAACUCAGGAGCCUCGUCAACGCCGAAAGGCAAGGGGCUGGGAAGUGCAGGCAAAAGGGACAGCGUCACGCUCUCCUUCCUCGCGCGCGUCUGUCGGAAACUGAAGCUUUUUCUUCUCCUGCGCUCUCACACUGGUGCCUCCCGCGGCCUCCCUGGGGACCCAAAGUGUCUCUUAAGCGCCCAGACUGUGGAUGGCAAGCCUGCACCUGAAAUCGCCGGCUCUGCAGGGCGAGGCGAGGGGUCGGAGCCCGGUGCGGGCCCCAACGCCGCGGGCGGGCCGCUCCUCCGGCCGCUCGGUUCGUCGGCAUCGGGUUGGUCGCCUUCCCGACAAUCCGACGCACGAGCUGUCUCAUCGCCUACGCCCCAGGGAACUUCCCCCGGCCACGGCGUUCCGUCUGCCAGGUCACCUCGACAGGCUUCCUCGCCACUGCCGCUGGAGCCGGCCUCGCCGGGAAGUCCCCUCUCUCCUGAGGCGUUUGCGGCUGGUGUGCGCCCGCUGCUGGAGACCGCGUGGCCCCUCUGUGUCCCUGGGGCGCCUCAGCUGGACCCGGAGACGCCGGAUCCGCAACUCGCGUCUUGGCUCUCGCCUGCGGUCAAGACGGAGCCCAGCGGCGCGUCCAACGCAGAGUCGGGGACCGUUCGAGGGGGGCUUUCCAGUCUUGGAGAACCGCGGUCCAGCGCAGCGCCUGCCGCGUACCCUCCCUCGGCCGGUGGACAGCUCCCUUCCCAGCCCCGAGACACCCCGCCGGGGUCUGCGGCGAGCGGAGGUCGGUGCGGCCUUCCAGCUGCAUUCGACGGACCAAGUUCGAGCGGCGCGGGCUAUUCGGUCUCACCGGGAUCAGGCUUUCCCGCCUCCGGUGCCUCGCCUCACGGCUCUCCGUUCUUUCCGGAGCCUUACGGCUUCCACCCCGCUCUCGGUGGCGAGUUCGCCUCUCCGCGGCCGCACGGCCCCUUCGCUUUCCCUGGCGCCCCAGGAAGUCUCCCGCCCGGCGCGUCGCCCAUGGGCUCGUCCAGGCCGUCUCCGUUCUUGGACGCUUCCGCCCGGGGCCAGAGUGGAGACUCUCGCCCUCUCGGAUCCCUCCGUGGCGCGGCUGCCGGGGCGGGACCGGGGGGAGGCAGGGGACCGCCGUUCUUUGAGUCCACUGCGGAAGGCGACCGCAGGUUUGCGCCCGGGACUGGAGCUAUGGCGACUCCAGACGGGGGCGUGAACCGCCGGGGCCCGGGCGAGAAAGGGCGGGCGCCGAACGAGGACGAGAAGAAGAAGGGGAAGAAGGCGAAGAAGAGUGGGCGAAGUGCGGGUAUCGAAGAGAGGCUGUCUCGGGAAGAAGCGUACGAUGUCGUCGUGGAAGACGAAAGUGAGGCGAGAAGACAGGCGGCCUCAGCGACGGAGACAAGACGCGAGGUCGGGCAAGGCAAGGACGGCGAAACGAACGGGACGAGCGACCAACCCGCAGAUGUCCUUCAUGGCUAUUUCAAAGCGCGCGUCCGCAACAGACGUAUCCGAGAUGGAUUGCUUCUUCGCAUGACCGCCGUCCUCUUGGGAAAAGGCUUCUACGACAUGGAGACUGUCGAGCGCGGCGCAGCUCGCCGACGCGGCGCCUGGGGCGAUCUUGGUGAAGAAGAGGAAUCAGAGACUAAGUGUCUCUUUUCCAAUCCCGUCUCGCAGAAACCGUGUGACUUUAUUCUCUAUUUCGACACACGCGAAAACCGGGACGCGUCAGUGGCCCUUUUGAACCAGGCGCUGCCUGCCGCGCCGCCGAGACUUCCUCCAAGAAAUGGAGAGUCGCAAGGCCGUCGCACCCUUCGCCAGCUUUACGAUCACUUUUUGGAGCCCAAAUGCCAAUGCUUAGAGGACAAAACCCUGAAGGUGAAGCGCGGUGUAAUCAACCUGUUAGGGUUCCCCCGCUUGUACGUGAAGCUUCACUGCAGCAUUUCGUGGGACGAACGCCUUUCUCUGUUUUCGUCUUUUCUCCACUGGCUCUGUCGUGAAGACGACUCGCUUCCUCCACCGUGGUCAUCUCCGGAGCUGCAUCCUGAGCUCUUGACUUACUUGGCGGAGUUGGGCCGAAAAGGCUUCGCCAGUGGCGGCGCAGCUGCGACUACGGCUGUGAACGCCCCAGAUCUCCCCCUGGAUGACGCUGCUCUGCUGGCAAAGAAUACUGCACUGCUCCGGGCUUACAUGCAGCAAGACACAGGCACCGCCGGAUCUGGCUCCGCGGGCGUGACUCCAAGCGACAAUGACCUGUCUCGGAAGGAAGAAGAACCCGAAGACACCGAGAAAGACAGCGCCCUUCUGCCUGACGGACUGGGGCCAGAGGGAAGUGGGAAAGGGGACGGGGAACGGGAGGAGGAAGACAAGAGGGGGGGCGGCGAUGAAGGCAGCAGCUUCUGCGCCGGCUCGCCCCUUCGGCAGUCUGCCUCUGGGCCCCCGGCACCGGGCGAAAACGCGUCUCGCCCAAGCACGCCUCCGACGCCUGGCGGCCCGUCGUCUGUCGCCGCCGGUUGUGGAGUCGAUCGCGCCCCUGCGGAUGGCUGCGCCGACUCUUCUCCAGUCGCUUCGGAGCAUGCGUCGCUUCUGUCUUCGCCUUCCGCCACGCGCGCUGAGGCUCUGUCUGUGCCCGGAGUCGGCCUAGUCGACCUCUCGCUCCCCGACGGCGUGAAGUUCGACAAGAGCAAACUCGCGUUCCGCUGCUACUGGCGCGAAGGCCACGGGGGCCUCUUCACGGUUGGCGCCGGCCCGGUCCUCUCGCCCUCGUCGGGCGGGGUGGGGGCCUUCUUGCCUUCGCGCCCGACCGUCUGCGCGGCGCAGAACAAGAGCCGCACGUUCAGCUGCCGCAAGUACGGCCUGUAUCAGUCGCGCGUCCUCGCUCUUCAGGCGCGGCUUCUCUCCGAGCUGUUGUGGCCGCAGCCGCCCUCGCCGGCUCGCAUCCGAGUCUCGGCCAUCGCCGCAGUCGUGUAUGGACUCACUGCGGCUCCGGUGCCGCUCGCCGAUCCCUGGCAGGCCGUGUGUGGCGUGGCCGUCGCGGAGGACGCCCUGCGACAGCGAAGGGAGAUUUGGAAGAAGCUCCUGGAUCCCAGCCAGGAGCGGCCGGACCCCGCGCCUCUCAGUCAACUGUCUCUGCCUCCGGUCUCAGCGCCGCCUCGCGGCUUUGGGCAGGAACUCGCGAAAGGCUGCGACGGGCAAGGCGAAGGUUUUCCCUGCGGAUCGCCGUGGCCAGCCGAAGGGGAGACAGCGUUAGGGGCCACGGGAAACCCACGCGGGUUCGCGUCGGCGUGGGCGACGCCGCACGGGAAGCCCGGCGGAGACACAGACGCGGCUGAAGCACAGAGCAACUACGGCUCCGAUCCCGGAAGCGUGGAAGGCUCAGCAGGGGCGGGCAUGCAGCCGCGAUGGUGGCCGAGCAAUGUCUCAGAGGCCCCAGGUGCGGGCCCCUGCCAGGUCGGACUAGGCGCGGGGCCUCCUUUGCCGGCCCCCCAGGGUUCCCUAGGGCCCGGAGGAGACGGUCGCGGCGCCAGAAUGAGCUACGACCAGGCUCCGGCCGACAGGUCUGCGAGCGGGGCUCCACGGCCUCCUUUUGCUGGGCCAUUUUCUGCGGGGUCGUUUCCCCACCGCGGGCCUUCGUUCUCAGCGCCACCGGCGCAUCGUUCACCUUUCCCGCCGGGGCCCGGGACGGCGGGACAGAGGCUGGCCGUGGACUCGCCUUUCCUGUCCCUGAAGAGCGAGGCAGUCCCGCAGUCCGGGAUGAUGGCUCACGCAUCCAGUUUCGAGAAGGGAGACGGUUCUCAGGAAAAUCUUCUCGCUAAGAAGAGGAAGACCGAGGGACCCAGUGAACCCCCCGCCCCCGACGAAAGACAGGUUACGAAUGCCUCACGUGGCAAGGCGCUCGAUGCAAGACCGGCGGACGUUUCGGACGGCAGCGUUCCCGAUGGCGGCUCGCCUCCGUUUUUCCCCCGAGAUACCAACAGCGUCGAGGGCGGCCUAGCGCCGUGCCUCGGACCACACACUGCGAGCAGCGAAGACCACCUUGCAACACAGAAUGCAUCGUUCGGCUGUGGAAUCAGUCCUCCCACAGGCUCCAGUCCUCCCGUCGGCGGCGGAUUCCCCCAGCGUCCAGGGGGCGGCCCCACGGUGCCGUACUCGACUGCCGCGGGCGGGUCUUACGCGUCGGUCCCUCCUCACAUGUCUCCCUUCUAUAGGCCUGGUCAGAAGGGCGAGGCCGAUUCGACUUUCGGGCACGCACCGCCAUCCGGGUACGAUCUCUCGGCGCCUUCGCCGUCGGUGUCCCCGAAACUUCCUGUCUCCGUGCCUUCAUUUGGGAACUUGGACGGGGGCAUGAAUGCCUUCGCGUUGUUCUCCCCUGGCAUGCAUGGCUCGCAGGGACACGGACGCGACGCCCCGUGGGGCCACCAUCUGGGGACGAGUCAGGGCGAGGCGCGCGGCUCCGAAGAGGGCUACUUUGGUGCCUCUCGAGGCCCGAAGACACACGAACUCGAGGAAAGCCUUGGAGGACAAGGCGAGGAAGGUGUGGGCAGGGAGAGACAGAGAAAGCGCCGAAAAAGCGUUGUGUCUCUGUCUUCUCAAGACGACAAUUCCCUCUUCGCGCCGACAUCUGCGCAGCCUCCCUCAGUGCCGUUUUCAGCGGGAGACGGCUUAGGAGACGCCUCUGGAAUCCAAGUUGCGCAUCAGGCGGGGCCUCAUUUUUCGCACGGUGGGUCGCCUGCGCCGUCCGUCCCGGACGCGAACGCGAUGGCCUCUCAGCAAGGCGCAGCUGGAGGCCUUCCGGAGGCGCCGACAGUCCCUUCAGAACUGGUGGACGGGAGCGUCAGGCGCCAGUCUGCGAGCAUUCACGAGGACUUGCCAGCGUCGCGCGCAGCAGCGGAGAAAGCCGAUUUUCCUGCUGAAGGCGCGCAGAAUGCAUCUGCCCAGCAGCUGUCGGCGGAGACGCUGACGUUCCUGUUGGGGGCGAACGUGGUGUGGGAAGAGAACGAGAAACGCUGGCGUGUGCAGGUUCGGCCGCCUUCGCCGCGUGGCGACUGUGACAAAGAGAGCACGGAUGGCAAACUGGGGGGCGACAAGAGAAAGAGAAAGCGAGACAGCAUUUCUUCGGGAACAAACAGAAGGUCAUCUGCCGGGACCGACCCCGAAGACCACAAAGCGGGCACCCUCGAGUGGGUCUCCCUGGCCCAGCUCCAUCAAGCGCAGAAACUGCAGAACCAACUCGUGGGCAAGAUGGAAAGGGGAAAGGGCGAAGCGGGCGACGAAGAGCGACUUGGCGGGGAUGGACGCGGCAACAUCUUCUUCGACGCGAACGGCACGGAUGAAAAUGCCAAGAAGGCUGCACUUCUCAAAGCCAGGAGGUGGCUGAGGCGCCGAAUCGUCCAGGGCCAGAUCCUCGUUGCGGGCCUCAAUCGGGACGGCCUCUUUUCCCCUCCGCCGGACGGACCCGAACGGAGCAGUUCUUCGGUGGGGACCUUCGCGGGGGGCUCGAGCGAGAGGCCCGUCGACCCCGCAGCUGUCCCUUCCUUGUCUCCUUUUUGUUCUCCGGCCCCUUUCGGCGCGCCGCCCGGGCCCCACAAGCCGUCUGCGGGCUUCCACCCGCAGCCGUCGGCGCCUCACCCUACCGGCGACGCAUUCAGGCCUCCGACGCCGUUGCCUGCGCCGCAGGCGCCCCUCGACACUCGGGCGUACCUCGGCUCUCCUCCCGCCUACGCUCCGUCCGACAUGGCGCGACCGCCCUACGGCGGCAGGCCAGAAGGCGUGCGGGAAGAAGGACGCGCGGCGCCAGAGCAGGGGCGUGCAUUCUUCUUCGACGACGGGAAAGUGGACGCCCGCGGGGCAGCAGGCGGCCAGUUCCGGCAAGGGACGCGCGUUCUGCAGCCCCACAGUGCGCCUCAGGCGCGCUUCGACUUUCCCCAACCUCCGAUGGUGCCGAGCGGGCGUGCGUACCGGGGCGUGCGGGGCGUCCCGAUGGGGACUCAAGGGCAAGGAGGCCCCUCGGGGCCGUACUACAUGAAUGGGUUCGCCGGGCCGAGAGGUCCCGCCUUCUCGAAUCAGGCUGCGCUCCUUCCUGCGUCCUCGCCGUUUCCGCCUCGAGAGUUCGCCGGCGGCGUGGGGGCGCCUGCUGGCGCUGGGGGGCGGAGCGGCGGAGACUCGGGGCCUCACCUCCCUGGCCGGAAUGCUCUUCAGGUGCAGGCUGGUUUCUCAGGUCUGCCUGGGCCACAGGAGCGGCCUGGGCCGGGCAUGGGGCUUCCCUCUGGCUCGCCUCAGGCUGUGUUUCCACACGACCCCGAACGAGGGGAGAGAGGGCCUUCUUUUCCGGGGGCGCCCACAGUGUCCCCUUCGGGCCCGUUCGCCCAGACACCGUCCGGCGUCAUGUUCAUGGGCAGGGGAGGGCGAGAGGAGCCAGGAGACCUCCACGCGAGCCAGUGCGGGAUAGCCCCUCACCCUCUUGGAGGCCCACGGGGCCUCACACAUGCGUCGCCUAUGCCAGCCUAUGGUGGAGGCACAGGAGGGGCCAUGGUUCCGGCCGAGAGUGACGCCCGAAGAGCAGGCUGUGGGACGCCGGGCGCUUCCCAUCCUGAAAUGUUUUUGGGCCACGACAGACGGCUGCAUCCUGAGAUGUCUCCGCCGUCUGCGGCGCCAUCCUGGGGAUCCGCGGGUGCCGGAACUUUCGCGUCGCCUCCGGAGAACCGACAAGGCCUCGCCACGUGGUCGGAGGGACAGGCAGCUUCGAACGAUUUCUUUGUUUUCCAGGGCAUGAACAUGCAUGCACCCGGUCCCCCGUUCCACCCGGACUUGAGUAACCAAGCGAGAGGAGCCGGGUAG